UGACUGGAGGACAUCCGACUGGAGUCCGGUGUGUCGUAUCUCUGCCUGUAGCUGCUGUAACAGCUCUGAGAUGAACAGACAGCCUUUGUUUGGGACACAGACGCCUCCGGAAGAGUCAGAGGAUCGUCCUCGGACGGCUGUUACUGCUCGGUGUCCGCGUACUGGGCAGUAGAUCCCGUCGCUUCCCGGUCACGAUGAACCUGUCGUCGUUCGGAGCGGCUCGCGCCUCCGUGAUGGUGCAGAGGCACGUGCGGCUGUGUUGGGAAAUGCGAGAUAGGAUGUUUGUUUUUUUGACAGCGUGAGGACACUUUAAAGAUAAAUACUGCGUCUGAUUCACGAGACAUUACCUGACCAGUGUGCGCCAUUGCGAUUCACCUGCCCCUCCAUCAGAUGAACGGGGAUCCUGGAUGUCUUUGGAUCACAGCUACAGUAUAAACUGAUCUUACAAGCUCUUUUUUUUGUCUACCUCCUUUAAUUUAUCAUGGACUUAGAAGUCAUCGCAUGGACUCGGGGAAUGAGGAGCAUUACACUGUCUUGUUUAUGUUAUUGACAUCAGUGCUUGCUCUGAAGCUGGACAUUGUGCUCUUCUUGCUGUUUAUAAAGCAGCACAGUCAUUCUGAGGAUCCAUGUAUCCUCACAUCCUCAUGUUAGAGUAAAUAAGAUGUUCUGCUCCUCCCUGAUAACUAUAAUACUGUGUAAUGUUUGAUCUCAAGAUGAAGGAGGUGUGUCGUAUUUGUGGAGGGGAGCUCUGUGGUAACCAGCGAAAAUGGAUCUUCCAUCCUGCUGCCAAACUCAACCUGCACGUGCUGCUCUCUUAUGCUGUGGGGCGGGAGCUGACCCGGGAUGGCAGAGGAGAGUUUGUCUGCUCCAAGUGCACCUUCAUGCUGGACCGCAUGUACCGCUUCGACACAGUCAUCGCUCGUGUGGAGGCCCUGUCCAUCGAGAGGUUGCAGCGGCUCCUGCAGGAGAAGCAUCGACUGAGGCAGUGCAUCAGCGGGCUCUAUCGGAAAACCAAUUCAGAUGAAGGGGCUGUAACAUUAAGUGGAAGUGAUGACAGACCAGGGGAUGGGAUGGUGGAUAUUUCAGGGCUAACUCAUGCAAAGUAUUGCGCCCUGCUCCAGGAGGAUUUAGUCUACUCUUUGUAUGAGUCCUGGGCAGAUGACAGCCUGGACUGCCAACAUCACCACCAUCCUCAAUGUCCUGCUGCUAAAGGGUCAGAGGUUGCAGUUGAAGGCUCACAACGGUGUACGCCCAGCACUCCCAGAAGGUGCCGGGGAUGUUCUUAUUGGCGGGUGGCAGACUCUGAUUAUGAAGCUGUCUGUAAGGUGCCCAGAAAGUUGGCCCGGAGUAUUUCUUGUGGGCCAUCAACCAGAUAUUCAGCCAGUGUGGUUGGGGGAAGUGUGACUGGAGGUGGUGCAGGUGGAGAAGGAGAGAGGAAAAAUGUGGAAGAUUCAGAAGACAUCACCUCCUCUCAGACUCUAGUUCCUGGAUCUCAGGACCCCUCGAGGACCUCAGAUAGUGAUCGCACUUUAGCUGGGCGAGCCAGCUCAAGCCCCUCUAUAGCAUCCUUGGAGGCAGCUGAGGAAUAUAUUCAGCCUGGAGCCAUAACAGAUGGAUCCCUGGGCUCCCCAGUGGAUGCAAUAGAAGACCAGAUAUCUGACUCCCUCUCUGAGGAGCACAUGGGAGCUCCACUUGGCCAAGCCUCUCCUAGACGCACUUUCUCUCUAGCCCUGUCUUUGCUGCAAAGCUGUGCUGUCUACCGGCCAGUCCGGAGCACAAAAGGGAGCAAGCUCCCAGUCUUUCUCAGACGAAGUUCCAGCAACGGGGGCACAAGGUUGUCCUUUACCGAUCCCGUUAUGGGAAUGCCUUAUGGAAGCCCAAACGGAGAGAGAUACAAUCACACGCCAACACCUGAGCUGGAUACCCCUCUGAUCAGAGUGGACACUGGACUGGAUCAGGAUCUGAACCUGGCAGACUUGGAGAAAUUGUUUGAAGAUUUGUACAAAGAGUAUCCUCCUCCUCCUCCCCACCAGAGUCUUGUUGAAGAGCAGCAGAGCCAGCUCAACCAGUAUGAGUGUGCGGCCGGUCAGUGUGUCAGCGAGCUGCAGAAGGCCCAGCUCCAGGUCCAAUCCCUGCAGGCCAAAAUCCAGGAGAGCGAGGCCAACAACAUGAAGCUGCAGGAGAAGCUGAGUGAGAUGGAGUGCGAGCUACGUUCGCUUCGCCAGGCCUCUCAGAGUCAGGAAAGAACCAUUCAGGGCCUCACAGAGUCUCUCAGCACCAAAGACAGCGAGGCCCAGGAGCUGUACCAGCUGAUUGAAGGGCAGAACACCACACUUUGCAAGCUGCAGGAAAUAGCCCAUCACAGCCAGCUUGCUCAAAGCAAGGCUCCGGCAGGAGUUAGCGAGUCCUUGGCGCUCGCUCAGCUGCAGGGCGAGCUGGUCGGGGUGCAGAGCUCCCUGUUCUCUCUUGGACUGGAGCUGGAGGCCAGCCAGAGGAGUCUGAGACAGAGCCAGAGGCAAGCCGAUGACCUGAUGAGGUUCAAGGAGAGACUAAACUCAGAUCUACAGGAGGCACUGCAGCACAGAGAGGUCACCGAAAAACACAAUCAGGACCUGCGCUGCGCCCUUCACAAACUUCGCACUGAGCUUCAGGCCAAAGAAGCAGCUUUAAAGGAGAGCGAAGCAGAGAAACACGCUCUGACGCAGGAGAAAGACCGGAGCGUCGCACAGCUCAAAAGCGCUCUGCAGGACAAGGAGCAACAGUUGCAGGAGUACUCAGAGAUGGUGGAAUCAACGGGAAGCUCCAAACCAAAUCCAAGAGACGCCCUGCUGGAGAAACUGAGGGAGCGCAUUAAAGAAAGAGACAGAGCUCUGGAGCAAUCUAUCGAUGACAAGUUCCACUGUGUGGAGGAGCGUGAGGGCCAGGUGAGGAGGCUGCAGCUGGCUGUGAGAGAGAAGGAGCGAGACCUGGAGAGACUCCGCUGCAUUCUGUCCAACAACGAGGAGACCAUCACGAGUCUUGACGGUUUGGUGCGGGGUAAAGAGCUGGAGCUGGAGCAGGCAGCAGAGGCCUACAGGAACCUCCAGUGGUUGAAGCAGCAGAGCGAUGAGAAGGAGAGAAACUCCCUGAGAGAGAAAGACACCAUCAUAACCCAGCUGCAAGCAGCACUACAGACACGCAGCCAGGAGGCUCAGGAUCUCACAGCUGCCCUCGUCGCCAGAGUUCAGGCCGGUCCCACUGAGGUUGUGGAGGAGCUGAAGGCUCGGUUGGCUCUGAAAGAGAAACUCUUCCAGGAGCUUCUGGGAGACCGCAGCCGGCAGUCUAAGGAACACCAAGCACAGAUCCAGGAUCUGCUCAGCACUCUCAGCUCCAAAGACCAGUAUCUGCAGGACUACUCCUACAGGCUUUCCUUAGUGAUCAGUGAGCGGACUGGCCAGCUACAGGAGCUUCGCAAGCAGCUGUCAGAAAGAGAGCAGGAGCUGCAUGAACUGAGAUGGGACAAGGAGAGAGACACGGGAGGAGAGACGGAGCAUCUGCAGAGUCUCCUUAAAGAGAAGGAGGCUUUUAUCAAGGAGCUGAUGAAGGCUCUGAAGGAAGACAUGCAGCUGGUGCUGAAAAAGGAGGCAGAGGCUCAGAAGGAGAUCUCUGCUCUACGUUCGUCUUUAGCUCACCAGCAGUCAGAAGGAGAUGCCACAAAAGACAACACUGAUCACAAACAUGUGCUGGAGCAGCUGGUAUCAGAGUACAGCAAGCUGAAUGACGCCUUGAGGGCAGAGAAGAGGUUAUACCAAAAUCUCACUCACAUUCAUAAGAGUGACAGCAGCUCAGAGAAGAUCCAGGCCCUCCACAUGGAGUUGGAUUCAGUUCAGGCACUCCGCAGACAGCUGGAGGAGGUCCUGUCUCGGACCCGUAACACGGCCCUGCUACUGGACAGGGCAGCUAAAAGGCAGCCUGACUUUGGAGAGCUCAGCACAGAGGAGGAAGAGGGAGACGAUGAAGACGGCAGCAGUGAGGAGUUCACAGACAGCAUAGAGGAGGAUGACGAUAGCGUGAAUGCCAGAAGUUUGACCUCCGGUCAGGCUUCUGUUAAGGCUCAAGGACCUGAGUGUGUGACCCGAGGGCUGGUGAGGGGGGCACAGUCCCAGACAGCUGAUGUAAAGCAGCUCGAUGAAGCAAAGAAGACACUCGAGUUUGAGCUUGAAGAAAUAAAGUCACAGCUGGAGAGGGAUGGAUACACCUCUGUAGCUCAGAUGAGGAGUGCCCUGCAGAAGCUGCAAAGGGAGAACCAGGCCCUGAAAGAAAACCAAGUACGAGCUGGAGUGGUGGGGACAAACACAGAGCAGAGUCUGAGCCCAGAAGAAGAACAGGAAGAAGAAGAAGAAGAGGAGGAGGAAGAAGAGGAGGAGGAGGAAGAAGAAGAAGAGGAGGAGGAGGAGGAAGAGGAUACUGAGGAAGAAGAUGAACUGGAAACAUCUCCGGUGCCGGUGGGGAAGCGAGGUCCUCCAUGUGUUAGUCUGAGCAGCGAGCCAGGGAAGAGGCACUGCAUGAGGCCAUGCUCUCUGAACCUGGGCACACUGACAUCUCACCAUCUCACACACCAACCUGAAGCGGAGACAGCGGUCGCCGGUGACAGCUCUCAGGUCAGAGCGCUCUGGCGAGAUAAAGAGGAUGGCCUCCGUGAACAGGCGUCUCGUCUGCACGCUGAUCUGACUCUGAGCCAGCAGGAGAACAGAGAGCUGCAAGAGAGGCUGAUGGUGUCUGAGGCCACGGUCCAAGCUCAGGCCGAACAGCUGAAGGAGUACAGAGAUCUGCUCACCGAGACGUCUGUCCAGCAGGCCAACAAGCAGGUGCAGGUGGAUCUUCAGGAUCUGGGUUAUGAAACUUGUGGCCGGAGUGAGAACGAAGCAGAGAGAGAAGACACCAGCAGCCCAGAGUUUGACGACCUAGAGAUGUGCACGUCGCUGUCCCAUCCUCAGGACUGUGAGGGUGGUGGCUGGUACGCUGGAAGCUGCAGCAGUAACAGAGGCGCUUAUGAAAUGAGGGAUGAGUCGGCGUCUCUCCAGCAUCUGGUCCAGGAUCUGCGCUCACAGCUGACUCGCUGUCACAAAGUGAUCCGUGGACUGCAGCUCCGUGUCCGGUCUUUGUCUGCGACCAGUGACUACGCCUCCAGCUUGGAGCGCACCCCCCGCAAGGUAAACUGGGCACUUGAAAGAUCACCAGCCCCGAGUGGUGUGGAUGAGGAUGAAGGCUGGUUAUCUGAUACCCAAGGGGCUCGUCCAGGGUCCAAGCCCAGCAGGGAGCUCCAAGAACUGAUGGAACGAGUCGCGUCGCUGGAGGCUCAGUUGAAAACUACCAGAUCGGAGGGCAAAGGCCAAGCAGAAGAAGGGAAAUGUGCCACCUGGCCUGGGAAGUACAACUCUCUGAUCCAGGCUCAAGCUCGUGAGCUGUCCCACCUGAGGCAGCGGAUGAGAGAAGGGCAAGGAGUCUGUCACAUCCUGACCCAACACCUGGGAGACACCACCAAGGCUUUUGAGGAGCUCCUGCGGGCCAAUGAUAUUGACUACUACAUGGGUCAGAGCUUCAGGGAGCAGCUGGCACAGAGCACUGCCCUGGCACAAAGAGUGGUCACCAAGAUUAGUGGACGAGAACGUGUAGAGAGUCAUGAUGACAAGACAGGCCACGAGUUGCUCGCCUUGCGGUUAAGUAAGGAGUUGCAGCAGAAAGAUAAAAUCAUCGAAUCACUCCACACGAAGCUGCAGCACCGUCCCGAGACCCCGUCCAGUUGCCACGCCCUCUCUGAGACUACGGACCAAUCAGAUAGGACCUCCUUGGUGUCCGAUGAGUACCAAACCAAUGAAGACUUGGAGCUGUGCUCUGAUUUGGACACCAGGGAAUAUCAGGAGGAACACCGACUCCGGCAGCCAGGACUCGGAUCAGAUCCGGAAGUCCGUUCCUCUAUCCCACCACCUCUUCCUCCUCCUCCUCUUCAUGGCCUCCUCAAGUCUUCAAGCAGCUGUCCCAACAUGCUUUGCACAGCCGCUGUGGGUUUGACCAGAGCCCUUUUCAGUGAGCCUGUCUCCUCCUCCCUCUCUAUCCCCUCUGGCCCUGACGGCUGGGGUCACGAAGUUAUCUUUGACCCCCGGCCCAGAGCUCUCUCUGUGAUGGCUGUUCGCCCAGAGCUGGACACGCUGUACAAACAGAUGAAUGAGCAGAAUAGGGGCUUCCCAGAGCCUCAUGACAAGGCUCUGUUCACCCUUUCAUCUGAUCACCACAACCAGCAUGGCCUGUCAAGCUACAGCCAGCUAUCCCAUCAUGCCUUUCAACCCUACCAGCUGGGGGGCAUCCCUACAGGCCACUUAAUGAAGUCUGACUCAGGUUUAAUGUCAGGGGGGCCUUUGUGGGACAUGGAAAACUUUGUCGGAGGUUAUUCUGGAUCAUCUGCGCACCAACCAGGAAGCAGCCAAACAGGGGUAAAUUUGAUAGAGGAACACCUGCAGGAGGUGAGGUGUCUUCGCCAACGCCUGGAGGAGUCCAUUAGGACCAAUGAGAGGCUUCGUCAACAGCUUGAGGAAAAACUGGCCACCACUGGACGUGAUGGAGGGGCUCCAACCAACAUUUAUAUUCAGGGACUGGACACAGUCACUCAGCUGUCCAAUGAGAUCAGAGUCCUGAAGGAAGAAAACUUGGGUCUGCAGUCCCGCUUGCAGGCCAGCACAGACACAAGUGAGGAGGUGGUGCAAUUGAGGGAGGCGGUGUUUACAGCACGCGCUCGCCUGAAGCAAUCAGAGCUGGAAGCUGAGCAGUGGAAGGAGGAGCUCAGACGGCUUCAGGCCCACAGUCAGGAGCAGGGACAGCAGAUUCACACAUUAAGGCAGGAGCGGCAGGCGGGGCAGGAGAAAACCAACAGGCUCCAGCAUGAGGUGUCACUACUCCAGCAGCAGCUAUGUGAGAGCAGGGAACUGAUCCACUCCCUGCAGAGCGAACUACACGUCUAUGAUCGAGUGUGUUCCAGCACAAAGGCCAACAAAGGCUACCUGUGCGAGGUACCAGUUCUACCAGUAGAGCUGGGGGAGUUGUUGGGAGAGGUGAGGAGUCUACGGGCUCAGUUGCAAAACAGUGUCCAGGAGAACAGCGCUCUCAAACAGCUGGAGCUCCACAAGCAGCUGGAACAAAAGCUGGGCGUGGGCUCACCUCGGACUCCCUCGCUCUCUGCUCUCACUGCCAGCCCUCAGAGGGAAAACUUCUACAGACGUCAGCUGCUUCAUGACCCUGCUCCAUCUCCACCAGUCAGGGACAUUGGUCUCUUUAACUGUGGAUCUCCUGGUCCUCCAUACUCAGACUUGGAUGACAGCCAUAGCACUGCCAAUGACCCUCUUGAUCCACACUCUGAGCUGGAGGGGGAUGCGCCCGAUGGAUCAUUCGCGAACCGUCAUGGUCGUCACGCCAUUGGUCACGUGGAUGACUUCAGUGCUUUGCAGCAGCAAGUUCUUGAGGGCCGGAGCCUCGUCCAGCGCAUGGAGAUGACCCUGCAGGCCUGCCUCGGUCCACCAAUGCUGGAUGUAAACCAGAAACAGAGCAGCGAGCUGAUUAUGGAUUACGGAUGUGUUAGGAGUCUUCUGUCUAACACCAAGACUCUGAGGCAGAUCUUGGAGGAGGCAACGUCUCUGCUGAAGAUGUUCUGGAGAGCAGCUCUUCCCAGCACGGAUCCCUCCAUCCAGAACCUUAAGAAGGAGCAGUGCAUGCAGGAGGAGAUCUUGUCCUUGAAACUGCGUGUGUCUGAGCAAGAAGAAGUUCUUAAGGGGACAAUACAAAGACUGAGGAGCACCAGCCGCACCAAGGAGAGCAUGGAGCACUUCAUAGUCAGCCAGCGUGAGUGUUUACGUACGAAUAAGCUGAGACUUUCCUCUCUAAGUUCCUCCUCUUCCUCUCCUUAUGCUGCUGAAGAGCCAGGAAGUGCUGCCAGAGAGCGGCCUGCUGAUCGCAGUUUCCUGAAGACCGGUGGUGCUUCUGGAGUCACAAGGGCCAGUCAGCGUAUGGCAGCGAGAAAGCGCAGCAGCCAAUGCCUGCUUUAGACUUUCAAAGAACCAGCCUAAAUGCUAUGACCUCUGACCUCUAUGCUGAAACAGCCAAGACCCACAAUCCCACCUUUCCCCUCACAAGCCCUGCUCUUUACCGCCAUCCAGCCAUAGAUGCUUCAGUCCUUUCCUCCUCCAGGCACUGUGUACACAGUGCAAUCUGCACCUGGAGGCUUACCUGAUUCCCCUCACCCACUCCACUGUUUGUGACAUCCCCCACCAUCAUGUGUAUUAUUGUCUUUGAGUGAUACAGUCAGCAGUUUGCCUUGUAGUGUGUGUGUCAGAAGAAGGUGUUUAAAAUGUGCCUAUGAAGGCUUCAGUGAUGUGACGGAAGUGGUCGAGGAUGCCUUUAGAUGCCGGGUUACACAGAAAGAAUUUGGGUAUUUAUCAGGUAAAGAUUUUACAUCACUGGACAGCUUAAAGAUGCACACCACCUUACCUGCGUUAAAGGCAUCCCUGAGAGAGAGCCAGACAGCCUGUGGAUGGAAGAGAUGUUCAUGCAUGUUUAAAAUGGCUUGUGAAAGGAAUUCUGCACACACAAACACACAUACACACACACACACACAUAUAUGUGUGAGUGUGUGUGUGUGUGUGUGUGUGAUGGAAGCCAGCCCACUCAAAGACAAGACAGCUUCAACUUUGACUGCCACAGAAACUCAAGUACUUAUUCUUGUGGCAUUCUAAUUAAAAAGGACACCUUGCAAAUGCAAUGCAAAGAAAAAUGACACUGACAAUGUAUCAUUACACACAGUGGAGGAAUGUACAGUAGGUAGUCGAUCACUGCUAUUAGUUUGCUACUAGCUAUAUCUGUGUUUGUGGAGGAAGCUCAUGAAUGGUAUGACAGACAUUAGCCGAGGCUUAGAAACAGCUGAACUGGAAGGUUCCAUUUCAGUCACAAACGUCCUCUUUUUGACCCCAGAGGUGCUUUAUUGGCAUCCAACUCCAAACUGAAAAAUGCUAAACAAGUCACAGAAUUGUGAAGCUGGCUGAUUCUGAUUUCCACGCUGGACUAUAGUUUGUAAAAAGAGGUUCGAGUACUCAAAUGGAACCAGGCUAAACACGCGUAUUCACUCCUCUGCAGGAGUUCUCAUACGAGCAUGUGCAAUAACGAUAUAGUUUCUUGAAUGAUUAUGCUGCACUGGGUUAUUACUUCUUCGCCCAACACUGAAUUAUUAUCAUUCACGCUCAUACUGAUGUUAGGUGACAAACGGUGUUACGAUUAUACUUAUUUUUCUCGAGUGUUUAUGCAUGACAGAGAUUGUAAAUGUUGAAAAUUUAGGCUAUGGAACAGGGGUUCGCCAAAACUUGCCAAAGUUUGAACUUUGAACUCUGUACUUCACUCUGACUUGCCUUAUCCAUGCGAAUGGCGAAACCCCAGUUGGUUCAGGUCGGUGGGGUUACACAAGUGUUAAGUUAUUGGGUGGGCCUGUUGAACCACAGAGACGGUAACCGUUAGACAGCUGUGUUCAUUUAAUUUAGAACUGUGUGACAGAAAUGAGCUCCUUUAUUGGACCAAAAGAAAAAACUCAACCAAGUGGCCAUAUGCUAUUGUCUUUGCUAUUUCUCUUGGUUCAGGCCAUCCUAGCAUUCCCAUGGCAACGGCAAUAUGGAUGAUGCAAACUUUGGCAGGCUGCUGGUGGGGUCGUUGUUCCAUAAUUCACUUACUUCACAUUUAGUUUGGCGUGUUUUCUUGCUGUACAUUUGCCAUUUUAUGCUGAUGUUUUGUGUGAGUGCGUGCGUGGAAACAUCGAACAUUUGCUUUUUUGCAAAGUUGAUUACCUGGGUAGCUGUGCAAUAGCUUGAUAUGUUUUAUUUUGAUGUUAAACAUCAUUGAAUUCUAAGUGUGUUUGCAAUGUAUGAUUUCCAUGCAGUGUACGUUAAGAGGUUUGUGUCACUUUGAAUCACUUAGUCAUAUAUAGGCUGUCUGCUAAGUAAACUAUGCCUUCGUGAUAUUUACGACACUGAUCACAACGCCAUCCACCUGUAACGAAGCUCUGAUUGAUGUUGCUUUACUUGCCUUCAAAUUUUAGCUCGAGAGCCUCUUAAGUCUGCUCUCAGUGGUAGAAAUGGCCUUCGACAAGCGUCUACCUGAGUUCUGCCAAAUUAGGUUUUGUUUGCGCUCGAGUCUUCAGAAAAAAAAAAAGACAAAAGUUGCCAAGUUUUACAAAAAGUGGUAAAAAGUUUUGAAGAUUUGUGUACUGUAAAUAAAAUUAAAAGCCAGUGACUGGAAAGAUUAUGAAGUGUUUGAUUCACAGAGCACCUUAUAAGAGCGUAAACAAAUCCUUUUUGUUGAGGAGGGAACCAAUAAUGCUUUGUUGGUGCUGAGUUGCAUAUGUAUAUUGUGCUCUGAUUGGUGCAGCUUUUUUUCCUGAGUUUGUGCAUAAUGAACUAGAAGGCCGAUGCAGGACUCUUCAGGAUCCUGUCUCUGAUGAGUUAACCGUGUGUUGUGUUGGCAAAAGUAUUACCACUGAAAGAUUUUGGGAAACAAUAAAAUUUAAAAAAAAAAAACAC